ACUAUGAGAAAUCCUUCAAACUUUAAUAUAUGAAAUUGUGUUAUUUAUUAAAUAUUAAAACACAUUGUCGUUAAUUUGUUCGCUAAGACGAACUCAUGUGGCCGACUAAGAGAGCAAGAUAGUGUUUCAAGUGUGUUGGCUAGGUUAAUUAAAUGUUAUAAGCCAAAAUGUCCCGUAACAGAUGCGACGGGCUCCUAGCUCGAGUGGAUUUUCCUUUGUACACACUGCAAACACUUACCAAUCGUCAUGUGCUCGUGGCUGGAGGCGGUGGAGCCUCCAACACAGGAGUCGCUAAUGGUUUUGAGAUAUUUGAGAUUUCGCACAAUGGUACCAGAUUUGUGGCAGAAGAGGUGAUGAGGCAUGAAACUGGGCCGAAUGUAGUUAUGACAUGCUCCGUGAAUAGUACCCAGAACAGAACCUACCUGGCAGCGGGGCAGGAAAGCCAUUGCCAGCUAUAUAAAGUGAACAUUCGCAUGGUGGACGCGGCCGAGAUGCGGCGGGGCAGUUUUCGUGCUGAAAACGGUCUCGUCCGCCGCCGGCGGCGCACGGUUUCCGAAAACGACAACAUAUCGAAGAAGGACACUAAUAGUAAUACCACAGAGAAACGGAUAUCCUUUGAAAUUCGGCCGAUUGAUAGUGUGCAAACAGACUUUGGAGAUGACCCCCUCCAGCGAGUAGUAAGAGUGAGUCACAGCGGCAAACAGAUGGCUACUGGUGGUAUGGAUGGGAAAGUGAGGGUAUGGAGCUUUCCUCAGAUGCAACUGCUGUAUAUAUUAGAUGGACACACUAAAGAGUUAGACGACUUGGAUUUCAGUCCGUGUGACACACAGCUAGUUAGUAUAGCUAAGGAUGGAUUUGCCUGCGUGUGGUCCACAGCCAGUAAAAAGCCGCCGCUACUCAAACUCACGUGUCAACCUCCGAACGGGAACAAAUAUUUGUUUAGGAGGUGUAGGUUCGGCUUAAUAGAGGACAAGAAGGACGCAUACAGGAUGUUCACGAUCGCGAACCCACUGGCGCGGUCGGGCGCGCAGCGCGGCCUGCUGCAGUCGUGGGAGGCUGGCGCGCUGGUGCGAGGCGUGCUGCUGCCCGAGUCGCUGGCCGCGCUCGCCGUGCGCGACGACGGGCGCUACGUCGCCGUCGGGACCAUGUUCAGCGGCUCCGUGCACAUAUACAUAGCCUUCAGUCUACAGCGGGUGCUACACGUGAAGAACGCGCACAUGAUGUUCGUGACGGGGCUGGAGUUCCUGCCGGUGCGGGGCUACGGGCCACCCAUCACGAGCCGCAGCGAGGCCGCUCUACUAUCCAUCUCGGUGGACAACUGCGUCUGUGUGCACAGCCUGCCUUGCAGAAGUACUGUACCUGCCUGGGUUGCCAUUCUACUUAUCGUAUUCGUGCUAUUCUGUACCUUCACUUUAUGUUCGUAUCUAGGAAUUUAACAGCUUCUUUCAAUAUGAAAUCAAAUUGCACGUGAUAGAUACAGUAUAUAUUGCUACAGGUAAAACGACUUGGAGACGUUUUUGCGUUUGUAGUAGUUUACGGUCAGUGAUAAAUUUUUCAACUACUAGAAUAAAAACAAACUACCAAUUAAUGAUAAAUCAGAAAAAAAAACAAAAUGGCGUCAAACUUCUAUCGCUACUUACAAGUGCCUGACACGUGCGAUGCACGUGUUACCCAACGUAAACUUGUUUAUUAUCUGCCUUUACACGACACGUUCUUUGACGCGCGAAUAGGAGCGCGCGCGAUUUCUCGCGGGAAAACCAACGUGCGUGGACCUGAGAGAUUUCAUUUAAUUUUAUUUUGUUCACUCUAUCAAGCGUGUUUGCGUGUAUGAUUAAUGUAAUUUAACUUGUAAUAAUAUCAGAAAAAAAAACAAAAUGGCGUCAAACCUCUAACGCUACUACAAGUGCCUGACACGUGCGAUGCACGUGUUAGCCAACGUAAACUUGUUUAUUAUCUGAUUUACACGACACGUUCUUUGACGCGCGAAUAGGAGUGCGCGCGAUUUCUCGCGGGAAAACCAACGUGCGUGGACCUGAGAGAUUUCAUUUAAUUUUAUUUUGUUCCCUCUAUCGACCGUGUUUGCGUGUAUGAUUAAUGUAAUUUAACUUGUAAUAAUAUCAGAAAAAAAAACAAAAUGGCGUCAAACUUCUAAAGCUACUUAUAAGUGCCUGACACGUGCGAUGCACGUGUUACCCAACGUAAACUUGUUUAUUAUCUGCCUUUACACGACACGUUCUUUGACGCGCGAACAAGCG